AGGGGUGCGGGGUGCUGUGGGAAAGAAGAGGUAAAACGGGUUAGACUUGCUCCAGUCCCGCCCCCAGACUUCACUGCAGCCUCCCUUCCAAUGAUUAUGACACAGAUGCCUCAGCAAAGUCUGAGAUGUGUUGAGCUGUCCACUCUCUUCCGCUCUGCUCAGCCACUGCUGGCUGGGAAAGGCCAUUUGGACCUGCACUGCCCAUUUACAUGGGCAUCUGUGGACAGAGGCUGGGGAGAAAUAGCAGGAGAUCAGCAGCUGAGUGAAAGUAGCCGUAGAACUGCAAAGGAAACAUCUCCUGGAAGAAAGUUGCCGAUGGAAAAAAACUCCAGUGUGUUGAAAUGCAGCAGCUGCCUGCUUCCUGUGACGAGCAACUUCUGUGGAGGCUGUCUUUGUAAAGAGCCAUGCUGUUAGGCACUGCCCUGCUAAGGAUGGCAGCAUUUUAAUGGGGUCUGACAGCCGCCUGCCCUGGCAUCUAGAGAUUCCACUAGGGGUUAAGGACAAGAGAGUUGUCGACCAGAGUUUGAGAGUAAAUGGGAUGGCAGCGUCCCAAAAUACUUCUGUGACAAUGAACAGAAUAAAGGGGGACCGUGCCAGUCCUGGGCCACCUGGAAAUACAGAGUGGAGCAGGACACAACGGGACUCAGGGCAACAACUAGCCAUGUUGGGGAAAACACAUGAGUUCUUUCAGAUCUGUGAUGUGGAGGGCAAAGGCUUCAUCGCUCGGCAAGACAUGCAGAGACUUCAAGGUGAGUUGCCUCUUAGCCUGGAGGAGCUGGAGAAAGUUUUUGAUACCCUGGAUGCGGAUGGCAAUGGUUCACUUACACCAGAGGAGUUCACAACAGGAUUAAGUCAGUUUUUGUCUGGGCAAAUGGUCUCUAUGAAUGAAAUGCAGGAGUCUGACAAUGAAAAUGUCUAUCAGUCUAAGUGGGAAGAGAACUCUGCUAACGUUGAUGAUGAAGAUGAAGACCGACAGUUCUCAGAUCUGAUGGAACGGCUUGGAACUAACAAGAUCAUAGAAGAUGAGAACAAUAUAAGACAGCUUUGGUCGCAGCUGAGAAAAGAUGAACCUCAUCUACUUUCCAAUUUUGAAGAGUUCCUGGUCAGAAUUUACUCCCAGCUGCAAGAAGCCGAUAAUGAAAAGAAUGAGUUGGAGUAUGCCUUGAAAAAGAGAAUUGCUGCUUAUGAUGAAGAAAUUCAACAUCUCUAUGAGGAAAUGGAGCAGCAAAUCAAAAAUGAGAAAGAGCAGUUUCUCUUAAAGGAUACAGAGAGGUUUCAGUCCCGCAGUCAAGAUCUGGAACAUAAACUCGUUUCAAAAGAACAAGAGCUGGAACAACUGGUUCAAAAGCAGAAAAGGCUGGAGGGUCAGUGCAAGGAACUACACAAUGACAAACAAGAGACCAAAGUGGAGAACACCAAGCUGAAGCUAACAAACCAAGAGCUUCUGCAGGAACUGGAGCGAACGUCUCAGGAGUUAAUAAUUGCACAGCAACAAUUACAGAUGCUCCAGGAAGAGGCAUCAAAACUACAGGAAGAAAAAGAAAUGGAGGUAUACAGAGUGACAGAAACUUUACAGCGAGAGAAGUCAGGACUCCUUAAACAGCUGGAUUUCUUAAGAGAAAAGAACAAACAUCUCAGAGAUGAACGAGACAUGUUUUUCCAGAAAUGUAAAACGAAUGCUCCAAAAGCCAACUGGAACCAAAGAUCAGGAUCUAUCAUUGGCAAAUAUGUAGAGGGAAAGGCCUCACUUAAGAGCCAGUCCUCUGAAGAAGAAGAUAUUUUUAAUAACUCGACAAGGAGGAGUUCUAUUGGUUUUAAUGGAUAUCUUUGUUCGGAGUCUGACCAUGGUACUAAUGGGGGAAUGCCUCAAACAAAACAUCUGCAGAGAAUAAUAUCCAUUGAAGAAGAUCCCUUACCCCAGCUUCUUGAGAGACCAGUCGGGAAGCAAUUAAGCAUGUGGACAGAAGAAAACGACAAUGCCUCCCCAGAGAAGGAAGUAGAUGAAAAACAAAUUGUACCAUCGUUAGACCACCAAACUCUUAAGGUUAUUUCAAAAGUCAUCAAAGAAGGAGAAAGGAUACAGCCUCAUUUUUUUUCCACUUUUCAGAUUAUCUUUAAGUCUUUACAAAUUAGAAAAGACAACAGAGUUCAGAGUCACAGUUUAAAUUGUCAACUAACUUUUGUGGUUUUUUUGAAGGAGGAGAGAAUAUAUUCUGCCCCCGAUCGCUUAUUCAAGAUUAUUUUUGUUGGCAAUUCAAGCGUGGGAAAGACUUCAUUUUUACAGCGAUUCUGUGAAGAUCAUUUUUCCGCAGGCACAUCUGCUACAGUGGGUAUUGAUUACUGUGUGAAAACAGUGCCAAUGGAUAACAGCCAAGUAGCCCUGCAACUCUGGGACACAGCUGGGCAGGAACGGUACCGGAGUAUUACCAAGCAGUUUUUCAGAAAAGCUGAUGGUGUCAUUGUGAUGUAUGAUAUAACAGCAAAAGACACAUUCACAGCUGUCAAGCAGUGGUUGGUGAGCAUUGAGGAGGCAACUGGAGAAAAUAUACCUGUCCUAUUGCUGGGUAAUAAAACCGAUAAUGAAAAAGAACGAGAAGUCCCUUAUGGACUAGGAGAACAUCUAGCCAAGGAAUACAGUUUAAUUUUUUAUGAAUGCAGUGCCUGUUCUGGUCAUAAUACCCGAGAGCCGGUUCUCCACUUAGCUAGGAUUUUAAAAGAACAAGAAGACAAGGUGAAAGAAAAGACUGUUCAGCUGCAGCAAGACUCAAAGAAAAAGUCUUGUUGUGCCAGAUUGUAGAAGAUUAGGGCACAUUUAGACAAUGAUCAUAUAUCAUGUACCACACUACAGUGCAUCAUCAGAUCUGCCUUAUGUUCAAAAUAUUUCUUAUGCUGCGCAGUGAAUGUAGCAAGAGAAAACAUCAAAGAACUUCAUGCACACUCACUUUUCUCUCUUUGCUAAGAUGAAGGCCUUAGUUAGGAUUACUUAGAUUGUAAAGGCUUCAAGACACCUUUUGUUAUGUGUUUCUAUGUCAGCACCAUGGGGUCCUGAUCCAUGACUAUGUGAUUAAACGCUACCACAAUACCAAGAAGAAAUUUACAGUACUUAGAACAGGAAGUUAAUUUUGAUAGGGCCUGAGCAUAAGCACCCUUGCUUUGAGUAGUCUGGUUGACUUCAUUGGGGUUGUUCAUAUAAAUUUAGAGUUUACUGGAUUAGAUCCCUAUUCUUUUAGCCUCAAACCUUGGUUCCAUGUUGACUUUCAUUAGUUGUGUCUGUUUUUUGAGGAGUUUUAAAUUAUGAUUAUUUAAAUUUUAAACAUAAGCAAUUCAAUGUAAGAUACUCUGUUAAGGUUUUGAAUGUGCAUUUACUAGAAUGUAGGGGAAAAAAGAUUCUCAGAGUAAGCCUUAACUGACGCACACUACAAAUCGACAUUAUGAUUCUUACUAAUUACACUGUUUGCACAUGGAGCCUCAUUGCGGAGGGCAUAACUCAUGCUGCAGUGCCUUUACAUGACUCGUUGUGGGGCUAUUCAAACCAUUACGGGUUUUACACAGCCAGCCAUGUUCUUAGAUGGAAGAUGACUGUUGUAUCAGACUUAUCUCUGACACAACUCCUACUUUUUUCACAAGGCUCCACCACAGAAGAUUUGGCAUAAGAUGGCCAAAAUGUUUGAAGCUGUCUGCCUGAUGUUAAACCCAUAUUUGGGGAGAGUUUCAAAAAGUAUCUCAUGGCGUUAGGAGCACAGAUCUCACUGAAAUUCAAGGAGACUUAUAUUCCUAAAUUCUUGAGGUGCUUUUUAAAAAAACUCCUCAUUUCCCCCUAAACAAAUGCCUUGAUUUAAAAAAGCGCUGAGCAGCCAGCCAAGUCCUUUUGAGUUCAAUCAGAGCUGCUGGGGUUACAACACUUAAAAAAAUCACAUCCUUUAUGUAGGUGCCUAACUUUAGGGACCAGUCUUAAAAUCUUGUCCUAGAACAACACGCUGAAUUCAUUUUUUCCUUUGGCCACCCUGGCAGAAUAUGAAUUAAGUGAGCAAUUUUGGAGCAAGAAUCUGAAUAAUUCCUGAUGGUAUUCUUCUGCGCUGGACACAGUGGUGUGGCUGUGCCUUCAAUAAUUGUUCUAAGUGCAGGUGAGCUGGCGCAGAAGAAACAGAACCUGUCUCAGUCUAUUUUGUCAACAGAACAAAAAUGAGGAUUGUUUGCUAUAAAAAAGGAAGAUGAUUUAUACAUUGUAUUUUCAAUCCAUUUUCUAACUUUCUGAAGUUUUUUAAAACUUGAAUGACACAAAUUUAAAACAAAUGUAAUUAAAAACACAAGACUGGGCUUUUAUAAAAGACCAGAAAAGCUAAACACUAGUUGUAUAUGUAACUAUUUUAUUUUAUUUUUUGAAUAAAACCUUUAAAGUAA